AUGCAAUACACUGCAGCAGCAGCAGCAGCAGCAGCAGCAGCAGCAGGACGACGACCCCUACAGGUGCAGCGAGUGCUUAUCCGGGCUUUGCUGCUGGAUGAAUUGGCGUGCCGCAUGCAGCAGCAACUGCAGCAGCAGCAGCAGCAGCUCCUGCAGCAGCAGCAGCAGGAGGAGCAGCAGCAGCAGGAGCAGCAGCAGCAGCAGCAAGAACCUCGGAUCGUAUCUCUUCUUUCUGCUGUGAUUGCUUUGGCGCCUCCUUCUCUUCUUGGCCCCAUUGGUUCUCUGUUGUCUUUGCUGCUGCAGCAGCAGCAGUUGCUGCAGGAGCAGCAGCAGCAGCAGCUCCUGCAGCAGCAACAGCAGCAGCAGCAGCAGCAACUGCAGCAGCAAUACUACAGCAGCAAGGGGGAGAUGUUUGUGGUUCCUUAG